CCAAAUUAUAACGUAGGUUACAGAAAUAAUAGCCCAUCCCUUUAUUACUAAAAGCUUAUUUAUUAUAAUUUAACCCUUGUGUAUCGAGCAGAAAAAAAAAAUACUAGAAUUAUAUUAAAUAACAAUCAGUGCUUUGCUUUAACCAAAAGAGAAAUUCAAUAAUACAUUCUUUUUAACAUAUGAAGGCUCCUUUUUCAUAUAAUCUCCUGAGUUACAAGGGGAACUUUGUAUAAUGCCGUUCUGCUUGACAAACAAAAAUGAUUGGCUUAAACCAGUCACUAUUUUUUCCGCCUGCAAUACAUGAGCAUGGUGCCAUACAUAUUAUCCCUCUUUUCCCCCCUUUAUACAUAUAUAUAAAUAUAUAAAAUGUCAAUCUCGCCGUCAAAACAAGCAGCUAUUUCUGCUUAUCGUAACCUAUUAAAGACUCAACGAGAGGUGUUCACAGGUGAUUCGAAGGCUAUUCAAGCUGCCAGAAAAGAAACAUACUCGAGAUUUAUGCAAUACAAAAACGAAUCGAACGUAGAUGUUUUAGAAGAGAAACUCGAGCUGGCUGAUCAAGUGUCUUCUUUAUUAAGACAAAAUGGUGUAAAGGCAGUAAGAGAAGAUGAAGGAAGCACUCUGAAAUUGCAUAUCAAAGGACAAGAAGGAAAUAUUAAGUUUGGUGAUGUAGCAGGGAAAGCAAAGAAAUAACAUGUAAUGAUUCACAAAAAAAAAAAAAAAAA